AUGGUCAUAAAUGGAGUGUACUACACUCACCAUACAGUUUGUGCAUCACAGUACAGUGACGGCAACAGUACUUUUUUUGCACUUCACCGCGUUGAAUCUCGAGGCACCCGUUUGAACCCUUACAUUACCUACACUCUGUGGAAGGCCACCAAACAUCAAAUUCUCCCUUGUCACUUCCUCAAAAUCUCUUUCUUUUCUUGUUGCCCUCCCUCUUCCCUUCCCUCACCCUCUUCCAUCCUGCUCACCCCCCUCUCUUCCAACCCCCACCGAGGCAGGAGCCUGCGCAACAACCAGCUGAGCGGCUGUCUGCUGCAGCCCAUCCCACCAUCCAUCAAGCAGUACCAGCUAGACAGCAACUUCUUCUCCUGCGGCUUCUCCACUCCGCCCGACUGCACCAACACCAUCAUAUCCGUGCAAGCCAACUGCCUUGGCGCCACCGACAUGCCGCCCUGUCCCAUGGACCCGCAGCGAGUGAAGGAGGUCUGUGCUUCCUUCUGCGGCCUCUCUGCUACCACGCCGGUGUGCAAUGGGCAUGGCACCUGCUUCUAUUAUGGACCCAACAGGAUCCCCACGUGUGCUUGCGACACUGGGUAUACCAACGGGGAGCUUCCAGGGACGUGUGUGGCCGUUCCUGCUGCUGGCGGCGGGACUCCUGUGAACUUUUCCCUGCUGACCUCGUUAAGUGUUUCUCACGACGAUGGGGGCGGUGCGGCGAUGGCGGUGCACGGAGCAGAAGCGGUGCAGCCGGAUAACAGCGUGGUGCUGACGAGCAACAGCCAGGCGGAGUGGGGAGCGGCGUUCCUGGUGUCGCGUGUGCGCCUCUUCUCCUACACUGUCAAGAACCACUCGUGCGGCCGCGAGAUCGCCCUCAAGCUCUCCUUCUCCUUCUCCCUCGCCCCCGCCGCUGCCAGCAACGGCAUCGGCAAGGGAGGCCUCGCGUUUGUGAUCGCAGCAGCGGAUACCGUUCCCGGAGGCGACGGCAGCACACUGGGUUACUCCGGCAUGAGCGAGCGCAGUGUGGCAGUGGAGUUUGACUCGUUCAAAGAUGCGAGCAGCAACGACCCGGACAGCAGCCACGUGGGUAUCAACGUCGGUGGCUCUGUGGUGUCUAUCUCCACUGCGGCCGUGCCUGGGCUCAACACAGGCAGCACCAUGUACGCAUGGAUCGACUACUCUCCGGGGAAAGGCGGGCUGCUGUCGGUGUUUGUGGCCAGUGCGGCCUCUCGCCCCGCCAAGCCUAAUCUCAAGCGCAGUGUGUCGCUGUGUGGCGUGCUGAAGCCCACAUUCGAGGACGCCACGUUUGUGGUUGGCUUCACUGCUGCCUCGUCUGACCCCCCUCAGAAGCACACGGUGCUGGAGUGGUCGCUGGAUACAGAGGCCACGUUCACCACCUCAGGAGUCAACCGCUACUUCCGUUAUGCCAGUGCCGGCGCGCUGCAACAACCCGCAGGCGCAAGAGCAGGAGGAGGAGGAGGAGGAGGAGGAGCAGCAGCAGCAGGGGCGAGCACAGAAGAGGAGCAGCAGUGGGCAGUGGCUACGGACAUGACAUGGGUGCGCGCAGACCGGCUUCCUCACUGGCCGGUGCGCAGCCAGGCGGGGUGUGGCGACUGCUGGGCAUACGCUGUCGUUGCCAGCAUAGAGGCCGCCUACGCCAUCCUCUCAGCCAACGGCUCUCUGCCCGUCUUCUCUGUUGACUCGCUCCUUGCCGACAUGAAGGCGGAUUGCUCCGGAGGUUCCCCCUCCAAGGCCUUCCAGUACUUGCUUGCGGUUAGCAAGCAAGGGGGGGGGCUGCAGCUGCAUCGGGGGCAGCAGGGGUCACCACCGGUGGCGGCGACGGCGGCGGGUGGGAAUGUACUGUGCUCGCCGCUGCUGAAGCCGAUAGCGGCGCUCUUGGGAAUGAAGUGCACUUCCAAGGAGAAUGCUAGGGCUGAAAUUGGCUACAGCAUAACGGGCUUUGAGCGGGCGGCCUUCUACAGCUGGUUUGGGCUCGUGCUGGCGGUGCAGCGGCAGCCGGUGGUGGUGCACAUAGAGGCGUCUGCCGACUCCUUUCUCAACUACGACGGGCUACACAAGUACCAGGACCCAGCGUGCUUCACGUACAACCUGAACCACGUGGUGCUGCUGGUGGGGUACCGCCUGGUGGGCAAGGACUCGCGCUUCCCCCACAUGGCGCCGCCCUUCUGGAUCAUCCGCAACUCAUGGGGGCCUGACUGGGGUGAUGGGGGCCACAUGCGCAUGGACAUCCAGGGGGGGGAUGGCGUGUGCGGCAUCAACACACUGCCGGGGAUCUACCCAAUUGUCAGAGUCAACUCCGUGCUCCGAGUCUCCCCACCCACCACCAUCACCCCCUGCUCCGUCUACUACACCACUGAGCAGGUCAAGCAAAGUCCUAUCUGCUCUUUGUGCGUCACUCUCCCCCUGCCCACCCCCUGCCACCUGCCUGCCCCUCCCUGUCCCCCCCCUGUUCCCCCCCUGUCCCCUCCCUGUCCCUUCCCUGCCCUCCACCCUCCUCCCUCCCUGCCCACUCCCUGCCCCCUGCCCUCUUCCCUCUCUCCCCAGGGCGACACGUGUGAGGCCCUGGCGACCUACUUCUCUCUCGCCAGCACCUGUCCGUCCGCCGAGUGCACGGCAGCCUUCCAGGCACUCAACCCGGGGGUGGACUGCACCGCCAACAGCGGGCAGCUUCCUUCGAGCCAGGCGGUGUGUGUGGAGCGGCGGGCGGAGAUGGCGGGGGUGGUGGCGCUGUGCUCGCAGUAUUACUAUGUGGAGAGCGCCGAGACGUGCGAGUCCAUCCGCAACGUGCCCGACCCGCCUCUCUCACGCGUCGACUUCUACCGCCUCAACCCCGGCAUCAAGUGCAGCCGCCUCGUGCCCAAGACGGAUGUUGGCAGCUUCACGGGCUUCGAGGCUUGUGUUGGGAGCACAGAAAGUCUUCUCCAGGGGACAUGUCCCCGCUCCACUGCCAUUACAAUUGGUACUGGUGAUCGCUGCACUGCAAUCCAGGUCAAGUAUUUCCGAGGUGUGAAAGGCUGCUACAAGCGCAUAAACGGUUAUGACUGCAUAGACAGGCUGAUAAAGGGUACAAAAGUGUGCAUUCCAAGCAAGGUGAAAAUAGCCAAGGGCAAAUGCGAGCCCUGA